UUGGGCGUAAACAAAUGCAAGGCACGAGCCCGACGAUUGGUAUUCUGGCCCGGACUUAACGCAGACAUUGAAAAUAUGCUAAAAAGCUGCGCCGUGUGUCGAAAAUAUGUAUAUAAGCAACCAAGCGAGCAUUUUAUGCUUAGACCCACGCCAGAUCACGCCUGGUACAGAGUGGGCGUUGAUAUCUUUCAGCACGGAGGAAGCUCGUACUUGUGCGUUUUCGACGCGCAUUCAAGCUUCCCGGAGGUGGAAAAACUGAGCGAUACCACGUCUAGCACAGUCAUUGAAAAAUUGAGCUGCAUUUCUGCGCGAUAUGGAAUCCCAGUCGAGGUUUGCAGUGACAAUGGCCCUCAGUUCGCGUCUCAUGAGUUUGCUACCUUUGCAUCCAGGUACGACUUCAGGCACGUGACAUCUAGUCCUGGCUUUCCGCAGUCCAAUGGAUUGGCGGAAAAGGGUGUCCAAAUAGUAAAACGGAUUAUGAAAAAGACACAAGAGAAUCGCGACGACUUCUGGCUGGGCAUUCUCAGUUACCGAUCUACACCAUUGGAAGACGGCCGCUGCCCGGGCGAGCUGUUGCAUGGCCGGAGGCUACGAACCAGGCUUCCCGACUUCAGCCCGCAAAUGAAAAAAUCCGUGUUCAAGCGCAGGCAAGUCGACAACCGCAAGGACCUACCAGUGCUCAAGAAAGGAGAAGUGGUGAGGAUUCGAGAUAAAGCAUGGACCCGCAAAGCACAGGUCGUGGAACCUGUAGCGCCAAGGUCCUAUCGCGUCGUUACCGAAGAUGACAAAGUGCUUCGUCGGAACCGGAGACACCCGAUUCCAACGCGUGAACCCUUUCGACACGAUGGCAUCGACAGCGACGAGCCGGAAAGCGAGGACGACCAGCCAGAGGUGACAGCACCAACUGGGAUGCACGCAAACACGGCUCCAACCCCUACACUGCUCCCAAGACGGUCUCAGAGGGCAACUCGCCAGCCAAGACGUCUGCAGUACGAUCAUAACUUCAAUCAAGUCCAUUGUGUAUCUCGGCUUUAAGAAACUG